AUAGGUGAGUCUAUUGAUAAAACGCAUCACCUUGACGAACGAGGCAAAGAAAACCCUGGUUAAACCCUCCCUACUUGCCUCCAUUACCUUCACAAGCUUCUUUCUUUCUUUGAAUUCUUUAUAAAAAUGUCUUCCUUUGCUGCUAAAUUGGCUAGCCAUUUAACAUCCUCUGCUAGAUCAUCUUCAUCUCUCGUGUCUGGAGUUCAAAGGAGCUCUAAACUAUGGUACUCAACCGCGUCAGUUGAUGGGGAUAAUGGUGGAGAUAUUAACAGUGAAGCAAAUUUUUUCAAUGAUGGUUUUGAUCUGGAAAAACGAGAAAUGGUUCCGCAAGGAGUGGAUCCUAAAAGGGGUUGGAAUUUCAGAGGUGUCCAUAAGGCAAUCAUUUGUGGCAAAGUUAGACAAAUCCCUGUGCAGAAACUCUUAAGAAAUGGAAGAACUUUAACAAUCUUUAACGUUGGAACGGGAGGUAUGUGGGACCAGAGAGUAUUGGGUGCAACCGACUUGCCAAGGCCAGCCCAAUGGCAUCGUAUUGUUGUUCAUAAUGAAGCACUUGGAAAAUAUGCUGUCCAGCAGCUUAUCAAAAACUCUUCAGUUUAUGUUGAGGGUGACAUUGAAACUCGAGUCUACAAUAGAAACAUAACAGGUGAAGUUGUAAGAUUGCCGGAAAUUUGUGUUCGCUAUGAUGGUAAAGUCCGGCUUAUUAAACCUGGAGAAAGUACCGCUAAUUUUCCCUUCGAAGAACUGCGAGAAGGUUUGCAGUGAUGGCAAAGCUUUGGAGAUGAUAUAGAACUUGGACUGCUACAGCUUUGCUUUUUGUAAAUUAUGAUAUUGAAAGUGUUUUGUUUUAAUGAAGUUCUUUCUCAAUUCUAUUUUGUGACCUAUCAUUGACAGAUUUUUAUUAAGUAGAUCUUUCUGUUUAUGCCUUCGCUUUACGGGGACGCUUUGUAAUUGCCACAAUCCUCUUACUCUGCAUCUUUUUAGCCCUGCUAAUGCUUGAAAGAUACACCCUCUUUUCUUUUUUU